GAACAUAAACAUUUUGAGUGCCGGAAAAGAUCAGAAAGACACAGAACUAUCUUAAAAUGGCAACAGAAUUGAGGAGGAAUCAAUUUAAGGAGAUUGUUGAAUGCAUAUUCAAUAGAUGGAGUGCCUUGAAAUUAGCUGUCGAGCAUGGAAUGGCUAAAAAUGGAUUACAGACAGCAUUAGAUUUCGUGGAUUACGUUACAGAUUCGUGUGUUUUAACGAAUUCCAAAGUCAGUGAAGAAGAUUUAAUGGAUUUAUUAGAGGAUAUUUUAGAUCAAGAAUUUGAUACAGUCUGUCAAGAUCAAUCAACAAAAGAAAUUAGUAAUAUCUUACUGCGAUACUUAGAAUUAUUAAACAGUGGACAGUUGGAAUUAAUUAAAUCAGAAUUAACAGCACUUUCUCCAUGUAACAAUUGGAUUGUUAAAGGAAAUAAAAUUAAUAUUAUAAAAGAUCCAGAAGAUGACAGUUCAUCAGGCAGUGACGAUGAAGAUAUGGAAAGUGACAGUACAAAUAAUAAAGACAGCAAUGGGCCAAGUACUAGUGGAAGUACGAGUACGAUGCAAGUUGAGGAAGAAGAUGUAGAUCCAGGUUGGACAAUUGUGAAAAAAGGCAAAAGAAAGAAUUAAUUAAUGAAAUAAAAGCUUUAUGUAAAUUAAAUUAAACAUAAAUCAGUGUUACUUCCUAAUAAUUUUUUAUUUCAAGAAUGCAAUUGUAGAUUCUGAUAUUCAUAAUUAAAAUUAAAAUCAAUACAUUAAUGACGAAAUUAUCUUAAAAUAAUAGAAAGGAUUAAUUAAUUAUUUAUGAUUGAGAUGGUUCUUGAUCCAUUGGCUCCUGAUUGACUGAUGGAUUUUCAGCUUUUAAUUUUGCUUCUUCCUCUUCGCGCUUCUUUUUCUCAUCGAAAUACUUUUGACGCUUUACAUUAACAUAGUCGCAAUAAGCCAAAAACUUGCGUUCAUCACUUGUUAUGUCUGCAUCAUUCUUCUUUUUGAUGUUGUUAAGUCUUCGUUUUGCAGAUCCUGGAAGAAGUUUGGGAAUUUCUGCUUUUUGUGCCAUUUCAAACAUCUUGUCAACU